AUGGUUGCUGUAGUCGAGCCUCUCUGGAAUGUCAAAGUGGAUGCAUCGAAAUGUGCACAGAAGUGUUACAGAGAAUCCACGUGUGUCUCUUUCUUCCACAACGCUUUGACUGGUGCCUGUCAAGGACACUCAAGGAUCUUCAACAGCCACGAGAACCUGGUUCCCAAACCUGGCUUCAAGUACUCGCUGGAUGGUCUUUACGCUAACAAUGCUACUUACACUGACUGUACAGAUAUCAUGACUCGCUUUCCUUCUCUGAAGUCUGGCAUCUACACCCUCCAGCCUGAUGGACAAGACCAGUUCCAAGCCUACUGUGUUUCCAGCAUAGGUACAUGGACGUUGAUCCAAAGACGUCAGGACGGCUCCGAAAACUUCUUCAGAACCUGGAACGAAUACAAGGAAGGGUUUGGCGACCUGAAUGGCGAGUUCUGGCUUGGCAAUGAAAAGGUGUGGCGUGUGGUCAAGGGACGACAGUUCGAGUUAAAAAUAAAGCUCUGGGACUUUCAAGAUGAUACGAGAAUGGCUCACUACCAAAGCUUCUCCAUAGGUAGUCUGGCUGAGAACUAUAAACUGAAAAUCUCUGGCUUCUCCGGCAACGCAGGCGACUCCAUGGAGAUAAGUAACGGACGCGCAUUCUCCGCCAGAGAUCGUGACCUUGAUGAAAAUGCAAGUAACUGUGCGCAAAGGUACAAAGGAGGUUGGUGGUACAACUCAUGUCACCAAGCAAACCUGAAUGGAGAAUACAACAAUACAAAUUAUGCUGAGGGCAUCGUCUGGUACCACUGGCACGGCCAUAUGUACUCUUUGAAAAGAACGGAGAUGAGAAUACGACCCUGUUGUUGAGAUAUAAUACCCAUCAAAAGUUUAGACUCACUAGUGAAAAUGUAGACACUUGCUUCAGUCAACGGUUCUAAACUAAAUAUUCCAUCAUGUUUAAAGGUGCUGUUUACACAUGAACUGAUGUAUUGUAAAUUAAAUUCGUAACGUUGAAAAGA